AUGGAUUCCAGCAGCAACAGGAAAAAGAGCAAACUCCACUACCACGUUGCUGUCAUCAUCAACUACCUGGGGCACUGUGUCUCUUUAGGGGCCCUCCUGGUGGCCUUUGUCCUCUUCAUGCGUUUGAGGAGCAUCCGGUGCCUGAGGAACAUCAUCCACUGGAACCUGAUCACAGCCUUCAUCCUCCGUAAUGCCACCUGGUUCGUGGUGCAGCUCACCAUGAACCCUGAGGUGCACGAGAGCAACGUGGUCUGGUGUCGCUUGGUCACUGCUGCCUACAAUUAUUUCCAUGUCACCAACUUUUUCUGGAUGUUUGGGGAAGGCUGCUACCUGCACACAGCCAUUGUCCUCACCUACUCCACAGACAAACUCCGCAAGUGGAUGUUCAUCUGCAUCGGGUGGUGUAUUCCCCUUCCCAUCAUCGUUGCCUGGGCCAUUGGGAAGCUCUACUAUGACAACGAGAAGUGCUGGUUUGGGAAGAGAGCAGGAGUUUAUACUGACUACAUUUACCAAGGGCCCAUGAUCCUGGUGCUGCUGAUCAACUUCAUCUUUCUCUUCAACAUCGUCCGCAUCCUCAUGACGAAGCUCCGAGCAUCAACCACCUCAGAGACAAUCCAGUACAGGAAAGCAGUCAAGGCCACCCUGGUGCUGCUGCCCUUGCUGGGAAUCACCUACAUGCUCUUCUUUGUCAACCCAGGAGAGGAUGAGAUCUCCAGGAUUGUUUUCAUCUAUUUCAACUCUUUUCUGGAGUCCUUCCAGGGUUUCUUUGUUUCUGUUUUCUACUGCUUCCUGAACAGUGAGGUCCGCUCCGCCGUCCGGAAGCGGUGGCACCGCUGGCAGGACAAACAUUCCAUCCGUGCCCGGGUGGCUCGGGCCAUGUCCAUCCCCACUUCCCCCACUCGGGUCAGCUUCCACAGCAUCAAACAGUCCACAGCUCUCUGAACCAGG